GGGAUCCACUCGCAGGAAUUCAUGAUUAUCGUAUGUAUUUUUCGCUGUCGCAUGGCCGCUUACAAUUAAUCGUUGAAAAUGAAGGCAAAGGGGAAGACUUUGUCUUUCGUUCUUUCAUUCUUCAGUAACAUUAGUUCGAGUAGAAGCUAUACUACGACACCGGGCAGAGUAUCAGGGACAACAGGUACUUCUGCUUCUUCUCCUUCACUACGUUCAUUUCAAUCUCUCCCGGAAACUGUUCCUUCUUGUUCUGCAAAUCAAAAUUACUUGCGUUAUUCGGAUUUACCCCAAUUCAAAAACAACUUCGAUGAUGUAACUGAUGUAGAUGGUGCCCUUAAUUUAUUCCGUCAAAUGGCCAGUGCUAGGCCUUUGCCUUCAAUUAUUGAGUUCAGUAAACUGCUUAAUAGAAUUAUGAAAAUGAGGCAUUAUUCGGUUGUUGUUUCCCUCUAUCAAGAAAUGCGGCAUACAGGCAUCCCCCUCUCCGCUUGGACCCUUAGCAUUCUGAUGAAUGCCUACACUAGCUUAAAUCGAGUGGAUUGUGGAUUUUGUGUACUUGGUAUAUAUUUCAAAUGUGGAAUUGAGUUUGAUGUGGUUGUGUUCACCACUCUGAUCAAGGGCCUCUGUCUAGAAAAUAAGGUUGUGGAUGCUGUAGAGCUAUUCAGGAAGUGUGCAAGGGAAAAAUUUUGCGAAAUUAAUGAAGUUACAUGUGGUACACUUAUAAAUGGGCUUUGCAAGAUGGGUCAUACACAAGAAGCUCUUGAUUUACUAGUAGUAAUGCACAAGGAGGGACCUAAGCCAAGUACUAUAGCCUAUAGCACCGCUAUUGAUGUCUCUCCGGAUGUUAAUAUGUUUAAUAUAUUGGUGGAUGCCUUCUCAAAGGAGGGGAAGUUGAAAGAUGCAGAAGCUGUUAUUCAAAUCAUGUUAAAAAAUAACAUUUAUCCUAAUGUGGUCACAUUCACCAUGCUUAUUAAGGGUUUCUGUCUACAUAAUAGGGCUGUGGAGGCUGUAGAGCUAUUCCGAAAGUUAGUGAGGGAGAAUAUGUGCAAAUUUGAUGAAGUUACAUAUGGUACACUUAUAGAUGGCCUUUGCAAGACAGGUCAUACACAAAUCGCUCUUGAUUUACUCAGAGCAAUGCAAAAGGAAGGACCUAAGCCUCAUACUAUUGCUUAUAGCACCAUAAUUGAUGCACUAUGCAAAGAUAGAAUGGUUGAUGAGGCUCUAGACCUUCUAUCUGAGAUGAUUGGGAGAGGGAUUCCCCCAAAUGUGUUCACUUAUGCUUCCUUGACUCAAGGGCUCUGCAAUUUUUGCCGAUGGAAAGAAGUUACCAAGUUAAUGAAUGAGAUGGUGCUUCAUAAUGUAUAUCCAGAUGUCCAUAUCUUUACUAUAUUGGUGGAUGCCUUUUCAAAGGAGGGGAAGUUGAAAGAUGCUGAAGCUAUUAUCCAAAUCAUGAUCCAAAGAAACACUUAUCCUAUUGUGGUCACAUACAACUCUCUCAUUGCGGGGUACUGUUCUCAAAGACAGAUGGAUGAAGCAAAGAAAGCUGUUGGUCGGAUGGUAGAUACAGGCCUUCGACCUGAUGUUAGAACCUAUAACACUUUAAUUAAUGGUUACUGUAAAAUUAAAGAAUUAGAUGAGGCAAUGCAUCUGUUUCGUGAAAUUCGCCAAAAUGGGUUGUGUCCUAAUGUUGUUACAUAUACCACAAUCUUGCAGGGACUAUUUCUGGUCGGUAGAUGUGCUACUGCACUAAAAUUUUUGCAGGAGAUGCAGGUUGCUGGGCAUAAACUAAACUAUUACACUUCCUGUGUCUUACUUAAAGGUUUAUGUGAUAAUGGACUUGUUGAAAGGGCAAUGUCAGUCUAUUCCAAGAUAGACAGAAAUGGAAGUGGUUCUCAAGUUUUUGGUCGCAUCAUGAUUGAUGCAUUUUGCAAGACUGGACUGCUUAAUAUUGCUCGUGGUAUAUUUGUUAACCUCUCUAAAGGGCCACGCCCAGAUGUGUCUACAUAUACUGUAAUGAUAAAUGGACUUUGUCGAGAAGGAUUAACAGAUGACGCCUUAUACUUGUUAAGGAAAAUGAAGGAGAAUGAUAUAUUACCAGAGACUGCCACUUAUAAUGUUAUUUUAAGUAAAUUUGUUAGAAAUAAAAUGUGUAAUGAAGCAAAUAUGGUUUUGGAUGAAAUGGUAGGUAUGGGUAUUUCUCCGAAUGGUUAUACAUUGUCUUUAGUAAAUGAUUUACUAGCACUUCAAACUGGCAAUAAUACAGUCCUAAGGAUGAUGCAGAAAUUUGCAGCAAAUGAUGUACGGCUGGAGUGUCGGAGAAACCCUAUAUCUGUUAUGAGGAUUAUAUUCAUGGCGAUUCUGCUAUUUCCUAAUCAAUAUAAUGCAAAAAGCUUUCCUCGUGUGCAAAACAUAUACAAAGCUUCAGAUGGGGGAUUGUUGAAAAUGAAAUCCAAGAGAAAGACUUUGUCUUCAGCUCUUUCAUUUUUCAAUGACAUCAAUUUGGGAAGAAGGAGCAGAGUAGCACCGACAACAGGUAUUUCUACUUCUUCAGUGUCCUCACUGCGUUCAUUUCAAUCUCUCCCGGAAACUGUUCCUUCUUUUUCUUCAAAUCAAAACUACUUGCUUUCUUCGAAUUUUCCCAAAUUCAGAAACAACUAUGAUGAUGCAAUUGAUGCAGACAAUGCCCUUAAUUUAUUCCGUCAAAUGGCCGCUGCCUGUCCCUUGCCUUCCAUUAUUGAGUUCAAUAAACUGCUUAGUAGAAUUCUUAAAAUGAGGCAUUAUUCGCUUGUUGUUUCCCUCUAUCAAGAAAUGCGCAAUACGGGUAUCCCCAUCAGCGCGUAUACCCUUAGCAUUCUGAUAGAUGCCUGCUGCCGCUCCAAUCGAGUGGAUUGCGGGUUUUGUGUACUUGGUAUUCAUUUCAAGUGUGGAAUUGAGUUUAAUGUGGUUGCGUUCACCACUCUGAUCAAAGGCCUCUGUCUAGAAAAUAAGAUUGUGGAUGCUGUAGAGCUAUUCAGGAAGUUAGGGAGGGAAAAGGUGUGCGAAAUUAAUGAAGUUACGUGUGGUACACUUAUAAAUGGGCUUUGCAAGACUGGUCAUACGCAAACUGCUCUUGAAUUACUCGGAGUAAUGCAGAAGGAGGGACCUAAGCCUAACACUGUAGUCUAUAACACCAUAAUUAAUGCUCUAUGCAAAGAUAGAAUGGUUGAUGAGGCACUAGACCUUCUCUCUGAGAUGAUAGGAAGAGGAAUUCCCCCGAAUACCAUCACUUAUGCUCCCUUGAUUAAUGGUUUGUGUCUAGAUAAUAGGAUUUUGGAGGCUGUAGAACUAUUUAGAAAGUUGGUGAGGGAGAAUGUGUGCAAAAUUAAUCAAGUUACAUGUGGCAUUCUUAUAACUGGGCUUUGCGAGAUGGGUCAUUCACAAACUGCUCUUGAUUUACUUGGCGUAAUGCAAAAGGAGGGACUUGAGCCUAAUACUAGAGUCUAUAACAUUGUAAUUGAUGCUUUAUGCAAAGAUAGAAUGGUUAAAGAGGCACUAGACCUUCUCUCUGUGAUGAUAGGAAGAGGGAUUCCCCUGAAUACCGUCACUUAUGCACCCUUGAUUAAUGGUUUGUGUCUAGAUAAUAGGGUUGGGGAGGCUGUAGAGCUAUUCAGAAAGUUGGUGAGGGAGAAUGUGUGCAAAAUUAAUCAAGUUACAUGUGGCAUUCUUAUAACUGGGCUUUGCAAGACGGGUUGUACACAAACUGCUCUUGAUUUACUUGGAGUAAUGCAAAAGGAGGGACUUGAGCCUAAUACUACAGUCUAUAACAUUAUAAUUGAUGCUUUAUGCAAAGAUAGAAUGAUUGAUGACGCAUUAGACCUUCUCACUCAGAUGAUAGGGAGAGGUAUUCUCCCGGAUAAAUUCACUUAUGCUUCCUUGAUUCAAGGGCUUUGCAACUUUUCCCGAUGGAAAGAGGUUACCAAAUUAAUGAAUGAGAUGGUGCUUCGUAAUUUACAUCCAGAUGCCCAUAUCUUCACUAUAUUGGUGGAUGCCUUUUCAAAGGAGGGUAAGCUGAAUGAUGCAGAAGCUAUUAUUCAAAUCAUGAUCCAAAGAAACACUUAUCCUGAUGUGGUCACAUACAGCACCCUUAUUGAGGGGUACUGUUUGCAAGGACAGAUGGAUGAAGCAAGGAAAGCUUUUAGUCGGAUGGUAGACAGAGGCCUCCAGCCUAAUGUUCGGAGCUAUAACAUUUUAAUUUAUGGAUACUGUAGAAUUAAAGAAAUGGAUGAGGCAAUGGAUCUGUUUCGUGAACUUCCCCAAAAUGGGUUGUGUCCUGGUGUUGUUACAUAUACCAUAAUCUUGCAGGGACUGUUUCUGGUUGGUAGAUGUUCUACUGCACUAAAACUUUUUCAGGAGAUGCAGGUUGCUGGACAUAAACCAAAUUUUCAUACUUCCUGCGUCUUACUUAAAGGUUUAUGUGAGAAUGGACAUGUUGAAAAAGCAAUGUCAAUCUAUUCUAAGUUAGACAAAUAUGGAAAUGGUUCUCAUGUUUUUGGUAACAUCAUGAUUGAUGCAUUCUGCAAGACUGGGCUGCUUAAUAUUGCACGUGGUAUAUUUAUCAACCUCUCUAAAGUGUCAUGCACAAAUGUAAAUACGUAUACAAUAAUGAUAAAUGGGUUUUUUCGAGAAGGAUUAACAGAUGAAGCCUUAGACUUGCUACGGAAGAUGAAGGAGAAUGAUAUAUUACCAGAUACUGUCACUUAUAAUGUUAUUUUGCAAGAAUUUGUUAGAAAGAAAAUGUGUAAUGAAGCAAAUAUGGUUUUGGAUGAAAUGGUAGGUAUGGGUAUUUCUCCGGAUGGUUACACAUUGUCUUUAGUAAAUGAUUUACUAGCACACCAAACUGCUGAUAGUACAGUCCCAAGGAUGAUUCAGAAAUUUGCAGCAAAUGGUGUACAGUAACUACAGUUUCGGUGGCAUUUUUGGUUCUUGGAAUAGCAGCUGGAGUUGAAGCGAUGAGCUGCAGGAUGCUUCUCAUUAUGGUGAAACUCCUAUUAGCAGCUGGACUGUUGUUGUCUAUAAAAUGGGAGGUGUUGUUAGUUGGAGAAGCCUUGAAGCUUAUAUUCAUCGUGAUUCUGGUAUAGUGGAAGGGCUUCGAGCUAAGCCCUAUAUCUGUUGUUUUUGUGUGUGUGU